CCAUAGGGCCAGUGCUCUAUCAGCUCUGUGGGGUCUGCUUCCUGCAGCAGCAGCAGCAGCAGCAGCAGCAGCAGCAGCAGCAGAUGCACAUGGCAGCAGCAGCAGCAACAGACAACGUAUUAGAACGCAAGAGAAAGCAGCAGCAACAGCAGCAGCAGCAGCAACAGCAACAGCAGCAACAGCACUUUCACAGGAGCGGAAGGAAGCAGUGUCAGCUACUCCAGCACCUGCAGCAGCAGCAGCAACAGCAGCAGCAGCAGCAGCAGCAAAACAACGAGAAGACAGCAGCAAACGCGGAGCCACACACCCGCCAUCCUAAGAUAGCAGCAGAUACUGCAGCAGCAGCAGCAGCAGCAGCAGCAGCAACAGCAGCAGCAACAGCAGCAGCAAGAAGUGUUGUGCGUACCCGGUUUAGCGGGUCGCGGCCAGGCUGCAGGCCGAUGGGUUCCCUCAUCCUGAAAGAAGCAGCAGCAGCAGCAGAUGCAGCUGCAGCAACUGGAGCAAAGCUGCAGGCCGAUGGGGUCCCUCAUCCUGAAGGAAGCAGCAGCAGCAGCAGAUGCAGCUGCAGCAACUGGAGCAAAGUCAGCAGCAGCAGCAGCAGCAGCAGCAGCAGCAGCAGCAGCAGCAGCUGCAACACAGGCAGGCUUUGGCGCACACAAGCAGCGGCAGCAGCAGCAGCAGCAGCAGCAGGAGCAGCAGCAGCAGGAGCAGCAGCAGGAGAAGCAGCAGCACAAGCAGCAGCAGCAGAAACAGCUGAACGGUUACGCUCCGCAAAGAGGCUGCAACUGCAGCAGAUCCAGCAGCAGCAGCAGCAGCAGCAGCAACAGCAGCAGCAGCAACAGCAGCAGCAACAUAUACAGCAGCAAGCAGAGCAGCAAGAAUAUUAUAUUGCUGGGUGGUAUAUUCGAAGGAGCAGCAGCAACGGCUGCUUGUGCAGCAGCAACAACACCAGCAACGGCGGCUUCUUUGCUGCAGCAGCAGCAGCAGCAGCAGCAGCAGCAGCAGCAGCGGCAGUAGCAGCAGCAGCAGCAGAUGCCUUUGGCGUUCUCCCCGCAGUAGGUUUGGGGCUGCAGGACGUCGAGCCAAAAUGGCGCGGAUGCAGCAGCAGCAGCAGCAGCAACAGCAGCAGCAGCAGCAGCGGCAGUAGCAGCAGCAGCAGCAGAUGCCUUUGGCGUUCUCCCCGCAGUAAUUUUGGGGCUGCAGGACGUCGAGCCAAAAUGGCGCGGAUGCAGCAGCAGCAGCAGCAGCAACAACAGCAGCAGCAGCAGCAGCAGCAGCAGCAGCGAGGACCGCAGCAGCAGCAGCAGCUGGAGACCAUUGGUCGCAGCAGAAACCAACAGAAGAAGCAGUUUCAGUUCAAGGCUUCGCUGCUCUCACCAUUUGUCGCACCAUGGCCGCCGCAGCUUGAAAACGCCGAAGAAGAAAUUGCUGAUUGCAUUGAGAGCUGGAGCAGCAAGCUGCUGCUGCAGCACGUUCUACAGCAGCAGCAGCAGCAGCAGCAGGAAGAGCUGCUGCUGCAAAUCCUGCAGCAGCAGCAGCAGCAGCGCGCGGAGAAGGCUGCUGGAGACCAUUGGCUGUGCGCUGCUGCAGCAGCAGCUGGAGUUCGUCUGCGUGCAGCAGCAGCAAUUGGCUUCAAUGCAUGCGCUGCUCAGCUGGAGCAGCAAGCUGCUGCUGCAGCACGAUCUACAGCAGCAGCAGCAGCAGCAACAGGAAGAGCUGCUGCAGCAAAUCCUGCAGCAGCAGCAGCAGCAGCGCGCGAAGAAGGCGACGCAGCAGCAGCGCAUGCAGGACCAUCAGCAGCAGCAGCAGCAGCAGCAACAGCACCGAGUGGAAUAGAAGCAGCACGAGCAGCAGCAGCAGCAGCAGCAGCAGCAGAUCUUGCUGCUGUAAUCUGUAUUUGCUGCUCUUCUGCUGAGGGGGGCCUCAGAAGCUUUGGGGUGCAGCAGCUGCUGCUGCUGGCUUCUAUCCUCAAUAUACCUGCUGUUGUAGUGCGUAACAAAGAGUGCAAGCGGCGGAUUGCUGCUGCUGUUGGGCUGCCAACAGCUUUGGCUGUUGGGGUGUAUAGGCAGCUCAGGCUAGGCUGCUGCAGAGCAGCAGCAACGCAGCAGCAGCAGCAGCAGCAGCAGCAGGCUGCUGCAGGGAGCAGCAGCAGCAGCAGCAGCAGCAGCAGUGCAGAGGCUAAGGAAACAUCGGCAGGUGAAAGAGGGGUUCAAGGAGCUGCUGCAGCAGCAGCAGCAGCAGCAGCAACGACAGCAGCAACAGCAGCAGCAACGACAGCAGCAUCUUCAUGUAACAAAUGCAGCAAUCCUGGCGCUUCUAACCAGCAGCAGCAGCAGCAGCAAACGGCGCAGCAGCAGCAGCAGCAGCAGCAGCAGCAGGCAGUGCAGGAGCAGCAGCAGGCUCUAAUAGAAGCAGUCACAAACAAUCCUGGCGCUUCUAACCAGCAGCAGCAGCAGCAGCAGCAAACGGCGCAGCAGCAGCAGCAGCAGCAGCAGCAGCAGCAGCGGGCAGUGCAGGAGCAGCAGCAGGCUCUAAUAGAAGCAGUCACAAAGUAUGGGCCUCCGCAGCAGCUACCCUUCAUGCUGCUGCUGCUGCUGCUGCUGCUCCUGCUGCUGCUGAUGGUGCAACUGGUCCAGUACCUGCUGCUCCUCCUGCUGGUGAAGCAACAGCGGCCGCAACUGCAGCAGCAGCAGCAACUGCUGCUGCAGCAACAACUGCUGGCAGCAGCAACAACUGCAGCAGCAGCAGCAACUGCCGCAGCAGCAACUGAAGCAGCAGCAACAACUGCAGCAGCACCAACAAAUCCUGUAGCAGCAAAAAGUGUUGACGCAGCAGCAAGUGCUGCUGCAGCAAAAAAUGUUGAAGCAGCAACAAGUGCUGCUGCAGCAGCAAGUGCUGCUGCAGCAGCAAGUGCUGUGACGCAGCAGCAAGUGCUGCUGCAGCAAAAAAUGUUGAAGCAGCAACAAGUGCUGCUGCAGCAGCAACAGCUACUGCAGCAGCAACAGCUGCUGCAGCAGCAACUGCUGAGUCAGCAGCAGCUGCAGCAGCAGCAACAGGUACUGCAGCACCAACAGGUGUUCAAGCAACGACAGGUGCUGCAGCAGCAGCAGCAACAACUGCUGCAGCAGCAGCGCCUCCAGCUGCUGCAGCAGCAACUGCUGCGGGGGAUGCUGCUGCAGCUGAGGCUGCAGGCAGCGGCGCCUGAGGCCGCAGGUGAACUUCAUCUGCUGCUGCUGCUGCUGCUGCAGCAGCAGCAGCAGCAGCAGCAGCAGCAGCAGCAGCAGCAAAUAAUUCUGUGGUUCAGCAACAGGUACUGCAGCACCAACAGGUGUUCAAGCAACGACAGCAGCAGCAUCACCAUCAGCCACCGCCACCGCACCACCAACACCACCAGCAGCAGCAGCAGCAGCAGCAGCAGCAGCAGCAACAAGCUAGAAUCUAUCGAAGCUGAGCUUGGGGUCUGUGGGGGCCUUGCGGCCUCUGCCCCGCCCCCGGCGGCCUCUCCCCCGGAAGUUGCCGCCGCGCCGCACGUUGCCCAGCCUGACCAGCAGCAGCAGCAGCAGCAGCAGCAGCAGCAGCAGCAGCAGCAGCAGCAGCAGCAGCAGCAGCAGCAGCGGCAGCAGCAGCAGCAAUAG